AUGGCCAACCAGAACGGCCUCAACGCACAAAACGCAGCCCUGUACAGCGGCAUGAAUGGCUCCAUCAUGCCAUCGGCCGGCCACUACAGCGACAUGCAAACGCUCAUGCAGAACAUGGAGAGCCUCAGCGGAUGGCUCGAGCAGAACCGACAGGAGUGGGGACAGGUCCAGGAAGGAUUGGCACGGGUUGAAAGGUUACAAGGUAGACUAGCUCAGCAGGGUCAGCUACCGCUACUCAACGGUGACACGCAGCCGACCGAAGAGCCCGCAGCUCCCACCGUGUCGCAGCUCCAGACCUCGCUUGCCCAAGCCAACCAGCGCAUUGCCUCCCUCGAACGCAGCUAUCAAGACCAGGUGCGCUUGCAGCAGGCCUACGAGGAAACGCUCACUGAUACAACCGAUCGCGUACGGCAAUACUGCUUUGAGCAGCAGAACCACAUUGUCGCCCUGCACCAGAGCUACCAACAAGCUCUGGCACAAAGCCGCAGCGAGACCAUGGAAGCACAGUUGACACAUCAAGGAUGGCAGGCAUCGUUACAAAGACUCAGUGAAGGCGUAAGAGCGGCGCUCAAGGCAAGAGAGGAAGAGGGCAUGCCAUACAAGACACGAAUUGCUGCACUGAAGGAGGAGAAUCGGGUCUUGCGGGCAAAGGCAGGGUGGGAGCCUAUUCCAGACAGUGAAGAUGAGGACAGCGAUGAGAUCGCAGAGGGAAGCAGAGGCAGGCCAGCCACUGUUGGCGAGAACGUGGUUGUAGUGCCAAGCGGAUGA